UAGCGGCACACACGGGAGGAAGCGGCUAGUCCCACUCAGUCUUCCACACUUGUUUUUUUUCCUGUGUUAUCGCCUCCUUAUCAUCACCUCGCGCCCACUCGGACCUGUGCCAGUCCCUGACACUUGGAGGAAUAUCUCUUUUGUACUGAAGUGGAAAGACACAGCUGAGCUUUAAAGAAGCGCUGAUUCACCUUCUUUUGGUUUUUACAUCUUUUUAAAUUUUCAUUUUAUUCUAUUGUUCAUCGGGGGGAAGUUGAUAUCGCAAUGUCCGCUGCUUCGGAUCAGAGUCGGCGAUUCUGUGUUUUGUCUUGGGAUCAGGUGCAGCGCUUGGACUCGAUCCUGGGGGAAGCUGUCCCCAUCCACGGCCGAGGAAACUUCCCCACUCUGCCCGUUCAACCCCGUCAGAUUGUUCAGGUGGUUCGAGCGAGGCUGGAGGAGAGAGGUGUGUGUGUUAAGGAUGUGAGGCUGAAUGGCUCAGCUGCUAGCCAUGUGCUCCAUCAGGAGAAUGGACUCGGCUACAAGGACCUCGACCUGAUCUUUGGUGUGUCGCUGAAAGAUGACCAGGCCUUCCGUCUGGUGAAAGACGUCGUUCUGGACUGUCUGUUGGACUUCCUGCCAGCCGGGGUCUCUAAGGAGCGUAUCACAGCGCUGACCCUCAAAGAGGCUUAUGUACAGAAAUUGGUGAAAGUCUGUAAUGACACGGACCGCUGGAGCCUCAUCUCACUCUCCAACAACACAGGCAAGAAUGUGGAGCUUAAGUUUGUGGACUCUUUAAGACGGCAGUUUGAAUUCAGUGUGGACUCCUUCCAGAUUUGCCUCGACUCUCUGCUUUUAUUUGACCGUUGCUCAGAGACGCCCAUGUCUGAGAGCUUUCACCCCACGGUAAUUGGGGAGAGCGUGUAUGGAGACUUUAAGGAAGCUAUGGAGCACCUGUGUGAGAGGACCAUAGCUACACGCAGCCCUGAGGAGAUCAGAGGGGGCGGCUUACUGAAGUACUGUCACCUGCUGGUGCGAGGGUUUACCCCCUCCUCAGAGGCGGACAUGAAGCAGUUGCAGCGCUACAUGUGCUCACGCUUCUUCAUUGACUUCCCUGACAUAGGUGAGCAGCAGAGGAAGCUGGAAGCUUACCUGCAAAACCACUUUACUGGGAUGGAGCACAAACGCUACGAGUGCCUGAUGACUCUGCACCAGGUUGUGAACGAGAGUACCGUGUGUCUGAUGGGCCACGAGCGGCGCCAGACGCUCAGCCUCAUCUCCAUGCUGGCGCUGAAGGUGCUAGCGGAGCAGAACGCCAUCCCCACUGUGACAAAUGUCACUUGUUACUACCAGCCAGCACCAUAUGUACAGGACAUUAACUUCAGUAAUUAUUAUAUCGCGCAUGUGCAGCCGCCGCAGAUCACGGCGUGCAGUAAUUCAUAUCAGACAUGGCUGCCCUGUAGCUGAGCUGGUGGAAGAGGAUCGAGGUGAACUGAAAAUACAGAAAAAAAAAAGAAAGAAACUCACGUUUGCCAAAUGUGACUUGAUUAAAACAAUCUUGUA